AUGGUCAGGCAGGCUGUCGAGGGUGGUGUCGCGGGAGCAGGGGAAAGGAGCGGAAAAAUGUGCGGCGUCCGGCAACAGGCCUUGGUGGAAUCUGCUAAUUCGCAUGCGCCUCGUAUACUGAACGGCCCUGCCCGGGACGAUGCAAUCGUCGCCGCAAGACAGCACACAAUGACGAUCUUUGCCCUCACCGUCAUCAACAAGGCCGGCGGCCUGGUGUACAACCGAACUUUUCACGAGGGCGGCCUGAACCAGCUGAGCACCAACGACUACCUCAUCAUCGCUGGCACUUUCCACGGUGUCCAUGCCAUCACCACGCGCCUCAACCCUCUGAAGCACCUCCGCGGCGCUGCCGGGGGUCCUGCUGCCGGUGGAGCCCCUCCCGGAUCUGUCAUGACUCCGACCGGCCUUGCGCCCAGCCGUCCCGACCCUCCUUCCGGCCUCGAGGUGCUCGAGUCUGAGAAUUUCCGCAUGCAAUGCUUCACCACUCUGACCGGGACCAAAUUCCUGCUCUUUACCGACACCGCUCAGAUUUCUGCUGACGCGACCAUCCGCCGGAUCUACGACCUGUAUGCCGACUACGUCAUGAAGAACCCGUUCUACCAGCUUGAGAUGCCCAUUCGCUGCGAGAUCUUUGACCGCAAGCUCAACUCGUACAUCCGCGAGACCAACAACCGCUAG